GACGCCUGCUCCGUCCUCUUAAAGCAACAUGCCCAGUUAACUAACUUCAGUCUGAGCAAACCACUCAACAGAGACCGCUACAACGGAGGCCCUGGCCACCCUGGCACAUUGACUCUGACCCCUGCUGGAUACAGAAAUGGCUAACAAUUUUACUACUGCACUGGCAACUUCUCAGGGCAAUAACUGUGAUCUCUAUGCACACCACAGCACAGCCAGGAUAUUAAUGCCUUUGCAUUACAGCCUUGUCUUCAUCAUUGGUCUGGUGGGAAACCUGUUGGCCUUGGUUGUCAUUGUUCAAAACAGAAAAAAGAUCAACUCAACCACUCUCUACUCGAUGAACUUGGUGAUUUCCGACAUCCUGUUUACCACAGCUUUACCCACUCGGAUAGCCUACUACGCACUAGGCUUUGACUGGAGGGUCGGUGAUGCCCUGUGCCGGAUAACUGCCCUGCUGUUCUACAUCAACACGUACGCCGGUGUGAACUUCAUGACCUGCCUGAGUAUAGACCGCUUCUUCGCUGUGGUGCACCCUCUGCGCUACAACAAGAUUAAGAGAAUCGAAUACGCAAAGGGCGUUUGCGUAUCUGUCUGGAUUCUAGUAUUUGCUCAAACACUGCCUCUGCUCAUCAGCCCUAUGUCAAAGCAGGAGGGGGACAGGACGACCUGCAUGGAAUACCCCAACUUCGAAGAGACAGCUUCGCUCCCCUGGAUUCUGCUCGGAGCCUGCCUGCUGGGCUAUGUGCUGCCCCUCAUAGUCAUUCUCAUCUGCUACUCUCAGAUCUGCUGCAAACUCUUCAAGACCGCCAAGCAAAACCCACUAACUGAGAAAUCCGGGGUGAACAAAAAAGCUCUCAAUACAAUUAUCUUCAUCAUUGUUGUGUUUGUUCUCUGCUUCACACCUUACCACAUAUCAAUCAUUCAACACAUGAUUAAGAAACUCUGUUCCCCUGAUGCCCUAGAAUGCGGCCCAAGACAUUCCUUCCAGAUCUCUCUGCACUUCACAGUGUGCCUGAUGAACUUCAACUGCUGUAUGGACCCUUUCAUAUACUUCUUUGCGUGCAAAGGGUACAAGAGAAAGGUCAUGAAGAUGCUCAAGCGUCAGGUCAGCGUGUCAAUCUCCAGUGCAGUGAGGUCAGCCCCUGAGGAAAAUUCACGCGAGAUGACGGAGUCGCAGAUGAUGAUCCACUCCAAGGCUUCCAACGGAAGGUAAAUGGGCACAUGGGUCACAGCAGAGCAAGCCACAUGGUGGCCUCGGCAGACUGACUGUCCAGUUCCCAGUACGGAUUCCUUUCAACUUCCCACUGCCAGUCUGCCAACCAACACACCGAGAUCCAGGCCAGCCCGAGAGAACAACAAAAGCAUGUUCUACUUCAUGAAUUAUAGACACAGGAAGGCCAGCUUAGCAAGUCUCGAUGUAAAAGGAGAUGUUCUGUGUUCCUAUGAACAUAGUCAUUACUAUUUCUGCCAAUAGUUUGGCAAAAGAUAAAUGACUGAUUGCACUAUACAUUAUCAGUGUAAAAACGUCAAUACUGUAAUAUAGGAAACAUAUUUCUUAAUUUACAUCUCUUUCAAUUUUAGGUUUUAUCUCCCUAGUUUUUAUUUGUUUGUUUGUUUUGUUCUGAGACAACUGUUUUAAGGAAUAUUUUGUGGGAUAAAGAACAGGAUGUAACAGAAGUAUUCAUAUGCUACUGCCAACGACCAGCAGAAGUUACAAGUGUAAUUAGCAAAAGGUGGAUGAAAAGCAAAGGUGUGAGUGCUCACGACAACAGAGCAGUGAGAGCAUCUCCCCAGACAGCCAGGCCUGCGCUCUGGACCGCCGCUCAGAAACGGAACUCUCGAUGGAAAGCAUGUCCACAUGCUGCACUCUUUAGGAUGGAAAACCGGCAGUACCUGGUAUCUAUAUACUCUAGAUUAGGCUAUAAGAAGUGGGGGCAGUGAGGAUUACAAGUAUAAUCGCCACAUUUGCCUAAAUAAAUCAGGAAGUAAGAUGCACUAUUUAUAAAUUACGAGUUUUCAGGAUUUUUUUGUCUUUAGAGGCAGGUUUUCUCUGUGUAGUUUUUGGAGCCUUUCCUGGAACUCACUCUGUAGACCAGGCUGGCCUCAAACUCAGAGAUCUGCCUGCCUCUCCCUCCCAAGUACUGGGAUUAAAGAUAUGCACCACCAUUGCCUGGCUAAUUUUUUUUUAUUUUUAAAAAACUUAUUUAAAAUUUAUUUUUAUGUGUAAAGAUGUUUUGCCUACAUGUAAUUCACUGCACGAUGUGUGAGCAGUGCCUGCAGAGGCCAGAAGACGACGUCAGAUGCCUCUGGACUGGAGUUAUAGUGUUGGAAAUUGAACAUGGGUCCUCUGGAAGAGCCGUUAACCACUGAGCCAUCUCUACAAAACCCUUUUCUGUUUCUGAGACUAUGGAAUUCUCUAUGUGGACAGGCUAGCCUUAGACUGGUGUAUGAUCCUCCUGCCCCCUGCCUCCCUAGUGCUGGGCUGCAGGUGUCAUCUGCUCAGGGUCUUGUGACAUUAUACACCUGCCCACAGGACUGCCUUAAUACGGGCAGGUGGCCUUCCUAAACACUGUCUGCCUGAUCAAAUUUGCUUUCUUCUAGUCCUGAAAUUUCCCCAGUACAGUAUCUCAGAUGGCAACGAUACCAAUUUAGAUGACAGAGAAGAAAUAAAACACUAUGAGUCAAAAUUUCAAUUUUUAUUGUGGUAUAUGCCCU